GCGACUGGAGAGCGGCGAGCGGCACGGGACGCGGUGCCUCUGUCACUUUUUUUUUUCCCUUCCAGAGUGCCCGCUCCCACUCCACACACACACACACACACACACACACACACACAUACACACUCACACACACCCUGUUUGCCCGUGAGCCUGGGGAACUUGCAGCUUAAAGCCAGCCACCCCCACGGCAACAUGUACCCCAGCAACAAGAAGAAAAAGGUGUGGAGAGAGGAGAAAGAACGUUUACUGAAGAUGACCUUAGAGGAAAGGCGCAAAGAAUACAUAAGAGACUAUGUUACCCUGAACACCAUUCCGUCUUGGAAGGAAGAGAUGAAAGACAAGAGCCAAAAUGAUGAAGAGAAUACUCAGGAAGCAUCACAAGUGAAGGUGAAUUUGAGUGAAAAAGUGUCUCUCUACAGAGGUGACAUCACGUUGCUGGAGAUAGAUGCUAUUGUCAAUGCGGCAAAUGCCAGUCUUCUUGGAGGAGGUGGUGUGGAUGGCUGCAUCCAUAGAGCGGCUGGCCCCUGUUUGCUAGCUGAGUGCCGAACCCUGAAUGGUUGUGAGACGGGACAUGCAAAAAUCACAUGCGGUUAUGACCUGCCUGCCAAAUAUGUCAUCCAUACUGUAGGACCGAUCGCCAGAGGGCAUAUUAACGGUUCCCACAAGGAAGACCUUGCAAAUUGCUAUAAAUCGUCGCUGAAACUGGUGAAAGAAAACAACAUCCGAUCAGUUGCAUUUCCCUGCAUUUCAACAGGCAUUUAUGGUUUUCCAAAUGAGCCUGCUGCAGUCAUUGCCCUCAGCACCAUUAAGGAAUGGCUGGCCAAGAGUCACCAGGAGGUGGAUCGGGUCAUCUUCUGUGUCUUCUUAGAAGUUGACUUUAAAAUCUACAAAAAGAAAAUGGCUGAGUUUUUCCCUCUAGAUGAUAAUAAUGAAGAAGAAGAUGUGGACAUGAAAGAAGAUUCAGAUGAGAAUGGUCCAGAAGAGAAACAAGGUGCAGAAGAAAUAGAAGGGCAAAGCCACGAAGCAGAUGGUGUCAACACUGCCACUGUACCCAGCCCUUCAUCAGAGGAAGCAGCUGAAAUCUCUAAAGAUCAAGAUUCUGCAAAGGAUGAAACCAUUACAAAAGACAGUGAUAUAACAGAUCAUUCUGCGUGUGACCACGAGCAUCCCGAUGGACAAGAGAGUGAUUCAAUGAAGAAUGAAGUAAAAAUUGAGACAGAGUCCCAGGGAUCAUAUAUGGAAACAGAAGAGUCUUCAUCAAACCAAGAAGAUCCCACAAUUGUGGAUGAGCCAGAAGUGAUCCCACUUGACCCGGAAGAAAAAGAAGAUGAGAAAGCUCAAGAUGAGGAUACACCUAGGGUGUCUGUGACAAGUGAAGCCUCCCGUGACGCAGAGAACGCCACACGUCCUGAGGUUGAAAUGAAUAGUCAGGCUGACAGUGUAAACGACCCCACGGAGUGUCAGCCAGAAGACUGA